AUGGAGGCCCUUUCUGACUUCGCCAACUAUCUGACACGUGGCGUGCAGCGACGGGUGGAGAUGAUGGUGGCGUACAAGGUGGAGGCCAAGCUCGACGGAUACAUCCCUGACGGAUUCUCAUACACGGACGCCAUCAAGAUGCAGAUUGCUAUUUACAUCGCCAAGGGGCUCGUCGCCCCGUACUUCCCCCCAGAGGACGCCGAGGAAGAGGCUCGGGAGGCGGAGGAGGAGGCUCGGAAGAGGCUCGAGGAGGAGAAGCGGAAGCAGCAGGAGGGGCAGGAGGGCGGCGGGUUCUGGAGUUUGUUUUCGUGGGACGAUGGGGAGGAGGAGGAGGAGCAGAAGGAGGAGAAGAAGGAGGCUGAGUCGUACCUUAUGAGCUUCUUCCACAAGAAAGUGGAUGAGAAGUCAGCGGCAGCAAAGGCAGAGGCAGAGAGGAUCGCGACAGCACGAUACGCACAGAAGAAGGCCGAAGCAGAGGACGCGGCGAAGGAGGAGGAAGAGGAGCAGGGCGUGCUUGCCACUAUUAGCAACUUCUUCAGCUCCAGCUAG